UAAUUAUUGGUGUUUCCUGGCAAUAGUAAUGGCUCAGAAACCGGUAAAUACGAUGCUCUGAGUACGAUAAUCUGGCAACAGGGGUUCUGGCGUCUAUGAAUCCCGGACCGUGGACACAGACAGAUCCCAACAUUCGCUGCCAUGAUCAUUCGUGUGCAGUCAGCAGAUGGCACCAAGAGAGUGGAGGUGAAGCCCACGGACACCACCAAGACCUUGUAUGAGAAAGUCCAUGAACUGUAUGAACUUUCUUCCUUUGAUUUUUCCCUGUCCACAUCCCGAGACCUCAAGACAGAGAUUGCAUCAUCCAACCGAAAGACCCUCAAGGGCUGCAAGUUGAACCAUGGGGACAUGCUCUUUUUGCACAAAAUUGGCAGUGAAGGGAAAAGUACUACCAGCAACAGGAGUAAGGUGACAGAGGUAUUUGGCCACCCAUCCUCUAGCAGCAGUGUCAGCCUCCCCAGCACAAGCAGUGGCCUUCCCAGUACUAGCAGUAGCAGCAACAACAGCAUUAGCAGCAGGAAGGAUAAAGUGAAGAGCAGCUCUUCCUCAAGCAGCACACAGCAGGUAGCAUCAAGCAUCAAGAGUCAGGCGGUGGAGGAUGAGGUGGACUGCAUCCUGGCAAAGGAGGACGGCCGCAUCCCCAGGAAUAUGAACUCACAGCUGUGUCGUCAUGGGGCAAGCAACAAGUGUGUGCAUUGCAUCCCACUCGACCCCUGGGAUGAGAAUUACCUGAAGGAACAGAACAUCAAGCACCUCUCCUUCAACUCUUACCUGCGCAAGUUGACCUCAGGUGUUGACAAGGGCAAGUUUGUCAGCCUGGACGACAUCAACUGCCGGAUCAAGGCUGGCUGUAAAGACCAUCCACCGUGGCCCAGGGGUAUAUGCUCCAAGUGCCAGCCGUCAGCUAUCACACUCAACCGCCAGUCCUACCGCCAUGUUGAUAAUGUCAUGUUUGAAAACCCCAACCUAGUUGAGCGCUUCCUCAACUACUGGCGAGUGACAGGCCACCAGAGGCUUGGGUUCCUGUAUGGUCGCUAUGAGACCCACCUCGACGUGCCGCUGGGCAUUAAGGCGACUGUGACAGCCGUGUAUGAGCCGCCGCAGGAAGGUUCCAGGGACCACGUCAAGCUGCUUCCUGACCCCAAGAAGGAGCUGAUAGAUGAGAUUGCCAAAGGGUUGGGACUGACAUGUGUAGGGUGGAUCUUCACUGACCUAGUUCCUUUGGAUGCUAACAAUGGUACGGUGAGGCACCUGAGGCAUGCUGGCACCUACUUCCUCUCCGCCCACGAGGUGAUCAUGGCUGCUUACCUCCAGCACCUCCACCCUAACCCCUGCAGAUUCUCGCCAGAGGGAAGGUUCGGGUCAAAGUUCGUCACAGUCAUAGUCACCGGAGACCAGGACAACCAGGUGCAUAUGGAGGGGUACCAGGUAAGCAACCAGUGCCAGUCUGUGGUGAGGGACAAGUGCCUCAUACCCACCAAGGAUGCCCCAGAGCUGGCCUACAUCAGAGAGUCCACUGCAGAACACUAUGUCCCAGAUGUGUACUUUAAGGAAAAAGACCAGUACAACAAUGAAGUGAUUCGUUUAGGAAGACCUUUACCUGUAGAAUAUCUGCUCUUAGACUGUCCUGUUUCCACGCCUAAUGAACCUCUUUAUACGUUUGCUGUGAAUGAAGCCAGUUUUCCAGUGGCUAACAGAAUGGUGGAGGGUCACCUACAGGACUUCAACACCUUAGCAACAUAUCUCAAGAAGUUCAAGGAUGACCAGUUCUUGGAAGCCAUGUCAGACUUCCACGUGCUUACCUACAUUGCUUCGAUGGACAUGCUUCCCCUCAGGGAGUACAUAGGGCCAUUACUUGAGGCGGUGAAGACACACAACCGUGCGGCCGCACUGGAAUGGAAGCAGUCCGGGCAGUGGGCAACAGUAGAGCAACUGGUAAUGGCCUCAGGAGCAGAGGCCCUGACUGAGGGCCAGGGGGCCGACGUGGUGGGUGCGGGGGGGCCCAGCACACAGUCCGCAGCAGCUGCCACCUCCUGGACCUGCCAGCACUGUACUUUCAUUAACCAGACAGCAAGUGAAAGCUGUGAUAUGUGCCAUCUUCCUAAGUGAAGUGGCCACCAUUAAACUAAUAUAACUUUCAGUGCUGAUGCUGAUAUUCAGUAUCAUGUCUCUCCUAGACAAAUUCCUGUAAUUUGUUGGGUAAAAGCUCAUGUUGUUCACUGAACAGCUGAAAUAUUUCAGAUAUAUAUAAUAUAUUAUACACAAUGAUUCGCUUGUAUCUUAUCAAGCACCGUAGUGCAUCCUCAGAUGAGGGUAUUCAGGUAUUAAACUAAUUAAAAUUGAUGGAAUUCUCAAACACUGCUGACGCAAGUAAACUAUUCAGGAGGUUUUCACUUUGCUUUCAGGGACAAAAUUUAAAUGACAUACAACUAAAUGUGUGUGACAUGAUAGGAAAGUGUAAGGAAUGGAGGAAUCUGUAGCCCAGCUGCCUGUUUGCCUUCAAAAUCUAUUUUAUGGCACACUUUGUAAUAUUUCUCUCGAUUAAAAUUUUUUUACAUAAGUGAAAUGUUGUUUAAUUUCAAAUUUUCAGGAACAUUUUAAGAGUACUCUUGAGAUAAAGGAAGUUUUUUCUGAAUCUUUGAAACAGAGAAAUUAUUAAACAUUGUGUGCCUCCCUUGUUUAAAGUAUUGUUAUUCAAGUGAUACCAAAUCAUUAUUUUUAAUAUGUACUUCAUAAGAGUUAUACCGUGGCUUGGUAAUUUUUCACUACAAUUUUGACAUAAAAAUCUUAGCACAUACUCAUUAUAUAAAGUUUAAUUUGGCCUGAAGGUGUGAAUGCUAAGAAUGAAUGACCCUACAAGAGAAAAUAUUCCUCAAUCAUUUAGCCUCCACGAUAUCAGCAACCAUUUGUUAAUGCAGAUGGACAAAUAAAUAUUCAACUUUUCAAGGGCAUCAAGACAACGGACACGCUUUCAGGCUGAACCACAGGAACUGGAGACUAGAGGCACAAAGAUCACCAUAGAUGGACAUUCAUUGAAUAUGGAAAACACUUGUAUUUGAGCUUGAGUGAGGCCUAAGCACAGCUAAUCUCAGGUCUCACAGAGCUUCCAAGGGGUCAGUUGGGUUUAUGAAUAUAAAAAAAAGCAGGAUUUCUUCUAAUGAGUGUAACCUUCUUGUGUUGUGCAGAAGUUACAGGUUUUACUUUUUGUGCAAAUGAUCAACAGGUAACCCUAUUUUUUUUAUGCUUACUUUAGUUCUGAGGGUUACCUCCAUUCAUUGCAAAGAAAAUUAUGAGAAAUAUUUGCAGUGUGACAUUAGAAACCACUUCCAGUGUUAGCCUUACUUAAUGCCCCAUUUUGCACCUGUUAUUUCUAGUUUGUACAGAACCCACUAUGGUUAAGUAGAUUAUUAAUAAAAAAAUCUUAAAUG